GUCCACCUGAAGCCCGUCAGCAGUGCCUCUCGCACGGCGUACGUGCCCGGAAAAUGCCCGCAGAGUGACUCCGGUGGACGGCGCGAUCGGCUGGAUAUAAUCUGCUGGGUCGGUCGGAGGCUUUCUCCCGGACUCGGGCUCGUCUCCCGCGCCGUACCCGCAGCAUUAGGCCUCAUGGAGCUGGGGACUCGACACCUACUGUGUACCAGGGAGCUCGAUCCAUGCCCGGUUCCCAGCAGGCAUCCGUAAAGGCUGGGAACCUUGAUUGCCCUUCAGCUCCUUCUAUCCCACCCCCUCCCCUGACUUGCCCUCGUGGUGAUACUCUCCUCUCCGCCUGUGGCCUGCAACAUGAUCGGCAAGCUGAAGCAGAACUUGCUGGUGGCCUGUCUGGUCAUCAGCUCCGUCACCGUCUUCUACCUGGGCCGCCACGCCAUGGAGUGCCAUCAUCGCAUCGAGGAGCGCAGCCAGCCCGGGGGCAUCCUGCCUCUGUCGGCGCUGGGGGGAAGCAUGCGGACCACUUUACGGACCGGUCAGAACCUCAGCACGCCAUUUGUUUACAACAAAGACAUGCCGCUGAUUUUCAUCGGCGGGGUGCCCCGCAGUGGGACCACGCUGAUGCGAGCCAUGCUGGACGCCCAUCCAGAGGUGCGCUGUGGUGAAGAGACCCGCGUAAUCCCGCGUAUCCUUGCCAUGAAGCAGAUGUGGAGCCGCUCGGGCCGGGAGAAGAUGCGCUUGGACGAGGCCGGGGUGACCGAUGAGGUGCUGGACGCCGCCAUGCAGGCCUUCCUGCUGGAAAUCAUCGUCAAGCACGGCGAACCCGCCAACUUCCUCUGCAACAAGGACCCUUUUGCGCUGAAGUCGCUGUCUUACCUGGCAAAGAUCUUUCCUCGUGCCAAGUUUGUGCUCAUGAUUCGCGAUGGCCGGGCUUCUGUCCACUCCAUGAUCUCUCGGAAGGUGACCAUCGCCGGCUUUGACUUGGGCAGCUACCGGGACUGCCUGACCAAGUGGAAUCGGGCAAUAGAGACCAUGUACACUCAGUGCCUGGAGGCAGCAGACAAAUGUUUACCUGUGCACUAUGAACAGCUGGUUCUCCAUCCUGAGAAAUGGAUGAGGACUCUGCUGAAGUUCCUGGACGUUCCUUGGGACGAUGCUGUCCUCCAUCAUGAGGAGCUCAUCGGUAAAGCUGGAGGAGUCUCCCUCUCAAAGGUGGAGAGGUCCACAGAUCAGGUCAUCAAACCAGUCAACGUGGAGGCCUUGUCCAAGUGGGUGGGAAAGAUUCCAGCUGACGUGGUGAGGGACAUGGCCGUCAUCGCACCCAUGCUCUCCAGGCUGGGCUACGACCCGCACGCCAACCCCCCCAACUACGGUCGCCCUGACCCCAAAGUGCUGGACAACACCAGACGGGUCUUUAAGGGGGAAUUUCAGCUACCUGAUUUCCUAAAAGAACAAUCACAGAUGCAGAAGUCUGCAGAGAGACCCAACCCCAGUUAGGAGCGCCAGCAGCUCGUCUCCAGGAGCAGGCUGCGGUGGAGCAUCACGGACAUUCAUUCACUCAUCUCGCCAUGUGGUGUGUGUGACCUCGGCAGGUCUCAGAGGUCAUGUGACGGCAGCCCCCCCCCCCCCCCCCCCCC